CACGCAAUCGAUGGCCCGUAUUCGUCAGCAGCGCCAUCAUCAGCAGCCAGCAGGCGUUUUUCCGCAGAGAGCGAGCUACAGCAAAGAAGUGUCGCGAAAAGACGUCGUCGUCGUCGUCGUCGAUUUCGCUUAAAAAUUUUCCACCCCGUUUAACCAUUCACCCCCCUACUCCCCCGUACGGAGCACAUCGCGGUGCGCGAACGUGUACGUGUUGUGUUUGUUGCGUUGUGAGCUGCAAUAGUAUUUAGCAGAAGAAAGGUCAUCGCACCGUGGGAAAAAACGCCAAAAGUCCAUACAGAGGCAGCAGUGUAGCCAUCCAACAGUUCUUCUCAAAAAAAAAGGGAAAACAAUAACCUUCCUUCGAUGAACUCAGUGUAUGACUCAACUGCAGAACAACAUAGCAAGUGAAACGACGACGAUACAGUAGCGGCCAUAGCACAAUCAAGCUAUUGCCAGCUUGCCGGUAGCAUUUCUUUGCGGGCGCUGUUAAGCCGACUGCUUAAGGGGCGAGACGUGUCACAAUCGAAACGUCUUUGCUGUGGUGUACUCCGAAAGGGUUUGAAAGUGUGUUUUCUGGUGUGUUUCCGUUAGGCAAAUCGGUUGCCAGGAACGCGGGAACGGCUCCACAUCUCGUGUCAAACCUCCUGCGACAAAUCGAUAAAAAGCGACAAAUCGACGACAAACAAAAAAAAAACAGCAAAAGAAGAAGAAAAUAGGCAAAAAAACGAAAAAGAGUAUUACAAUAUUUACGACCCUUGUGCAAUUUUACGAAGGCGGCUCAAUUAAACAGCCGCCCGUAGCGGUAAUAAGGUGUAAACUAACCGUGCAAAACGAACGAAGGAGUGUGCUCCGCGAGGGAAGCGAAAUUUCGUAGCGAAAUUGAUCGAGUUAAAGCCACUAGUGAAAGUGCAACACAGCCCCCCCCACACAACAACAGUGAUCGAAAGCGAAAAGUUAAUUGAAUUUAACGAAUAAAAGCGGCUUCUCUGUGUCUUUUUCUCUCUCUCCCCCUCGGUGUAUCGGUUUUUGGGUAGUGCGGUGUGUGGUGUGUCUGCCGGGCGGUAGUGUACGCCUUUGGCAAGUGUGUCGUAAUCGGCUAGUUGGUCUGUGAAAGUGGCCUAGUGUGUGUGUGUGUGUGUGUGGAUCGUGUCCUUCGGGUCGUGUUUCCAUCAGCCGGAUCGAUCGGUGGCGGGAAGGAGUAAUUGCAAAGGGAGUGCCACUGCCGACAGCGGGAAGACUCGACGGCUAGCAGCAGCGGCAGCACCACGGACCAGCCGGAGGAGGACAUUUUUUAUCUACAAUUAUCAGCAGAUCAAAACAUGAAAAUGGUGUUGUCACAACGGCAGCGCGAGGAGCUUAACCAAGCGAUUGCCGAUUACCUGGGAAGCAACGGAUACACAGACGCGCUGGAAGCGUUCCGGAAGGAGGCGGACAUGCCGAACGAGAUCGAGCGCAAGUACGGCGGGCUGCUCGAGAAGAAGUGGACCUCCGUCAUCCGGCUGCAGAAGAAGGUGAUGGAGCUGGAGGCGAAGCUGUCCGAGGCGGAGAAGGAGGUGAUCGAGGGCGCCCCGACCAAAGCGAAGCGCACGCCGAGCGACUGGAUACCGCGCCCGCCGGAGAAGUUUGCGCUCGCCGGCCACCGGGCGACGGUCACGCGCGUUGUCUUUCAUCCCGUCUUCAGCAUGAUGGUGUCCGCGUCGGAGGACGCCACGAUCAAGGUGUGGGACUUUGAGACGGGCGAAUACGAGCGCACGCUCAAGGGCCAUACGGACUCGGUACAGGAUUUGGCAUUCGAUUCGCAAGGCAAGCUGCUCGCCUCCUGCAGCUCGGAUCUAUCGAUCAAGCUGUGGGAUUUCCAGCAGACGUACGAGUGCGUCAAGACAAUGCACGGGCACGAUCACAACGUGUCGUCGGUUUCGUUCGUGCCGGCCGGCGACUUCCUGCUCUCCGCGUCCCGUGACAAAACGAUCAAGAUGUGGGAGGUGGCCAGCGGCUACUGCGUCAAGACGUUCACCGGCCAUCGGGAGUGGGUGCGUAUGGUGCGGGUAAACGUGGACGGCUCGCUGAUGGCCUCCUGCUCGAACGACCACUCGGUACGGGUAUGGCAGACGAACUCCAAGGAGUGCAAGGCUGAGCUGCGCGAGCACGAGAAUACGGUAGAGUGCAUUGCCUGGGCCCCGGAAUCGGCAGCAGCGGCUAUAAACGAGGCAGCCGGAGCAGACAACAAGAAGGGUGCACACCAAGGCCCAUUCCUGGCAUCGGGAUCGAGAGACAAAACGAUCAGGAUUUGGGACGUCAGCUCCGGCUUGUGCCUGUUUACGCUGGCCGGCCACGACAAUUGGGUGCGUGGUAUCGUGUUUCACCCCGGCGGCAAGUACAUGAUUUCCGCUAGCGACGACAAAACGCUACGCAUUUGGGAUCUACGCAACAAGCGUUGCAUGAAAACGCUCUACGCGCACUCACAUUUCUGUACAUCUUUGGAUAUGCAUAAGUCCCAUCCUUACGUCAUAUCCGGCAGCGUGGACACGACGGUUAAAGUUUGGGAGUGCCGCUAAGUCAAAUCCCCCGAUCCGCCCCCUCUCCCGUACACGACGCCACCUGACCAACUAACCCCAACUCUACCCCAGGUUGGCUGGCAGCUUGUUACUUUGUGUGUGUGUGUAUGUGUGUGUGGGUCCAACGGGAGACUCAUUGGCGCUUUCUGUUUUAUGUUCGCUCUUCGACAAAGCAAAGCAAAUUAAACAACCACAGCCACACACCGUAUUGUGGGCCUGGAAGGAUCCGUGGAUUGGCAAAGCAGGAGGACCCACGGACCACAGUUAUCCAGCAUCGGCAAGCAGGCACCGUCAUCACCACCAUCAUCAUCAGCAUCAUCCUUAUCGUGGAUACGUUUUCAUUGCGAUGUGUGCACCUGUGCGCAUGGUUUGUGUUCAGUUUGUGUUGCCGUCCUCUGUUUAGGGUGGUGUAGAAGGUGGGUUUACAAUGAGCGGAGGCAAUGCAAGCAAAACUGUGAAAGAUAGAUGAUACAUGAUAACAAGCGAGAGGGAAAGAGGAGAAAGGGAUGUUUUAGUUCAAUAUUAGUUUACGUUUUGUUCUAUUUUACUCAUAUUGAUCCAAUGAAUAUUGUCAGUGGCGGUACGGAUGUUUAGUAACAUACACACACAAACUGUCGUUAGCCCAACCUUUAGCGCUGGUUCAUGCGUGUUCCUUCGUGCUCCUCCUUCUUAGAGCCGCUGGCUGUUAAACUCUCCAGCAAACCGUUAGCUUUUUCUCUGGGUUUAGACAAACUGGUUAGAAUUGUGAAAACGAGAUCAUGUUUGCAAUUAUUGCUAAAUCAAAAUGCUACACUAAUAGAGUGGAUACACACAACAAUUACACCACCACUCCCUUUGCCACAUCAAAUUGGAAACAGAAAACGCAACUCAUUACGAUAUAAUAAUUAUUAGAGAGCAAAGCAUACACACAACAACAACAAAAAGAAACAUACACAUUUUACAAUUUGUCGAUGCGCUGAUCAAAUGAGGAGGAAACUUGAAGUAGGUGGUACACGCUUGUGCCCGUUAAAAACCAGAAUCGAUGGCAAGGGCAGUACAGCGCAGGCAGACACGAGCUCAUUUUCACUCCUCAAUUUGCUAGCUAGCGGAAGGUAGGGAAACCCCUUUGAAGAGCGAAAGGAUAAAACAUGUUUCGAACCACCCGGAGUGGAGGCGAAAGCGAAUCCAGAAAGAGGAGAGGCAGUAGCGGAAUAAUGGCAAUUGGUGGCCUGAACAGCGCAGCACAGUGCAAUGCAACUAUCUAUGUGGAAGGAGGGAGGCAAGCAUUAUUAAUAACACAAUAUACUUACGGUUAUCAAAAAGAAAAAUGGGGCACGGUGGGAGGAACAAUAUUGAACGUCAAAUUGAAACAUUAGCAAGAGCGUGGAGCCUAUAGGAGCAGCAGGGUGGGAGAAUGGUGUAGGAUUUCGGGCAGAAGCAGAAGCAAACCGGCACGCUAAGUCAAGACGGAAGCAGGUCUACAACCUCACCGAACAACCGAAUGGUCCGCCAGUGCGCGCGAGAGAGCCGCACGAAACACCAGCAAAACCGAAACAGCCGCCGACAACGCGCGCGCGCGCCACCCCAUCCGUGUGUGCUCUUCCCUGUCGAUUCUUCUCCGACUGCUCCCCGGGCCGUUACAAUGUGGAUCUCUGACUCUUUGGCAUGUAUGAUAGCGCUUUGGCAUUGCCGAUGCUACGAUGUAGUUGUGCAUGGGAGAAAGGUGUUCAUUUAACACCUUUUGUGAGCUUUGGCUCUUGAGUUUUGGAGUUGUAUGAUUACUUGCUGGCCAUGCCUGCCUUAUUGGUUGCAUCAUCUAUGAUUAUCACGGUCCAAAGGAACUUGCACCUUAAAAUUGCUGAAAGGAACACAUUUUGAUAGUUUUUUGCAUUCCCCUACUUGUUGGGAGGCGGUUUUCCACCAACUUGCUUGACACUAUUGAAUAGAACAAAACAACAAACUAAAUAAACUGCAUAUCUCUGUCAUCUCUUACGGAGAAGAUUUGUGGGCCCAUCCCCGGGAAGGGACGGAUUUGGCAUCGAUCGUCCGCCCUCUCCGCGUACACUCGUCUAAUUGCUUCAUCCUUGUAAAAUUGGCUUUGUUUUGUCGAAGGCUGUUUGUACAUAGUGCGAAUAGUAAAGUUUAAUAAGAAUUUUGUUUUAGAAUGAGCUGAACAAAUCAACGCUCUCCCAGUCGCGUCGCGGGUUAGUUUUUAUGUGUGUGUGUGUGUGUGCGAGAGUUGCAUAAACCAACCUCCGUGUGUGGUGGUGGCGACCCUUUUCGAGCUUUCGAAGGGUUGCCGCGGGGGGUGCAAUCUUUCACGAUUGCUAUUCUUUACAACCGGCACACAAACCCCCCCCCCCCCUCACAGUUCAUAUAAUGUAAAUAUUGUUACUGCACGUAAACAAACACGAACACGUUAUAUACGCAGACCCUGUUGCAGAUGUUGUGUGCCUGUCUAGUGCGACAAUUGAUGAUCGAUCGGUCGACUUGGUUGGCAGCAAAAACCGGAGCAAGAAAAGACGGAAGGCAUCGUAUGUGGAUGUGUGUGUGAGUGUGUCAGUGGCGUGAGUGGUGGUGAUGAUGAGAUGGUCAUAGGACAUCACAUCCUACUACCCUCACGCCGUCGAGAAACGGCAACGGUUUUACGGCGUCAUCGGUGCCGCUCGCUGGAAGCAAGGUGUAAACUGCGGAAAUGUGUGUGAGUGUGUGCGACUUGUUUCAUACUAUUUAAAUUAUUAAAACCUAUUUCUAAAAUGCCCUCUUAUAUAAUUGCUAUGGCAAGCGGAAGAAGAAGAAAACAAACACAGAAAAAAGGAAGAAAAAACAUAGAACAUCAAGAGGUGUGUAGGAAAGAACCGCGCAAACUUGGUGCGCGAACCCCCGGCGGCAAGCGAUUAGAAAGAGAGAGAGAGAGAGGGAGAGUGCAAGCUAGGAGCUGCAAACGAAAACAUAAUAAUUACACACACACAACUGCUAAUACUACUAUUAUUAUGAUUACCUAUUAUAAUUGCUACGAAUAAUGGUGUUUUUCUACCCGUUGCUGUGAGGGAAAGAUUUAAGCGCGAGAGAGAAGGCAACGGUAAUAAUACGCGGAAUAGUGUUAAACGCGAUCUAAUACGCAAGCGAAUGCGCGCCUUGACACGCGAACAUGGGGCGAUUUGUAUGUGUGUGUAUGUGUUUGUGAUGCGUUAGUGUGUCACUUGAAAAGCGUUGGGUGGGGAAAUGGCCCGGCUCUUCUUAAGCCGCGCUCAAUGUCAGCAAAUGCUCGAAAUGUGCCGAAAUGCUAAAUGUCCCCGAAAAGAACAGCAAAGCCGCGAAAAAAGGUGAAACGAGCGAAAUGAAAUGUGUUCCAUCGAGUAAAAAAAUAAAACAAACGGAAGCAUCAGAUCAAGUGAGAAUGGCACGCGUCGAAUGGCUUCAGGUCACCCCACCGCCGCCCCCGCCUCCCUGCGUUGUUCCAUCUGGCUGGUGGAACCCGGAGCGUGAUUUGGUUUUAUUUCCUUCAUGGUAAAUAAAAUUUAAAUCUUAAACGACGACCUCAACGGAAAGGUGUGAUUUGAAAAUAAAGGAGAGCGGAAAAGGGAAUCAGUAAUAACAGACACACACACGCAAAAGCGAACGUUACACACACAAACACACGCAUCGUUCCGGGAGUGCAUGUCAAGGACCGCAUAGAGAGUUCUGUAAUAAUAUUCUUAAAGAAAGAUAUAAAACAGCAAGCAGAAACGGCUAAACAAACAAAACAAAACAAAACAAAAAAAGAACCUACGCGUUAUUAAAAAGCAAACGAAACGGGAUUAUAAUUUUGAAGAAACAAAAAUAUAUAUUAUGGAAAACAUUGACAGUGAAAGCGAGAAGUGAGAUAGCGACAGCGAGAAAGCGAGAAAGAGAGACAGAGAGGAAGAGAGAAAGCGAGAGAGUGCAAAUAUAUUUAAAGUUUUAUUAUUUUCCCCCUCCUCCUCCUUUUGUUCAUUCCGUUCGGUUGAUUUCUACCUUGGAACGUUAUUUUCUAGUUAAGAAAGUUUCGGAACAACGGAAUGGAAUUCAUCCCUUGAUUAGUUCUCAAUGCUUAUAAGGAAAAUGCUCAGUAAAAAUUCCAAUUGCUAUUUAACUUA